GACUCUCUCUUCUGGAAUUUGGAAGUGCUUUCCAUUGCAUAGUGAAGACUGUGGGAAGAAAGUCAGGAGAGCGCUUGGUUGACCUGCUGUGAAGAAAGAUUGCUUUGUGUGUCGGAACAACUCGGAGAAGAGUAGAGGAACUGGAUGAUGAGCAGCCGAGUAGCGCCUGACAGAGCACACAAUCCGGACCAGUUCAAGAACAACUGGAAACCACUAUAAAAAAUCAAACUUCGAAUUUCAAACCCCUCUGUUGGCCCUCUUGAGCCUCAUUUCCUACGUGCUCCGAAUGUCGCAGGACUCGGAGGUCAUUGAUGUGGAGUUCCUGACGGAGCAGGAGCAACUGCUGAUCCUGCAAGUUCUGCAGCGGGAUGAAGAGCUUCGCAAGGUUGAGGAGAAGCGAAUCUGGAAGCUGAAGGCCGACUUGCUUGAUAUCCGGAGGAAGGGAGCCAAGCGCGGCAGUAAGAAGUACAGCAGCCUCACCUGUGUCCGCUGCCAGCAGAAACUGGGCAGGCUGGGCAGCAACACCAGCCAGUGCCACAGCUGCAAUCACCAGGUGUGCCUCAACUGCAGAGUCGUCUACCCAAACGGCGCCUGGAAAUGCAGCGUCUGCGCCAAAGAAGCUUUUCAAGAGGUAACUUGCUACUCAGGGGCCCUUUUCCUGUACAUAUACAGAGUUGAAAGAGAGUUGAAGAAGGCCACAGGAGAUUGGUUUUAUGACCAGCGGAUCAAUCGCUUCAUCAGUGCUCCUGGAUGUGAGCUUGUGCGAGCUUCGAUUAGGAAGAAACCUCCAGCCAGUAAGCGGGGGACAGUGGCUGAGGUGCUGAUGCUUAACACCCAGCUGACUGAGAUCAAGGCUCCCAUCGCCAAACCCAGAGCGAGGACAGAGAAGGAAAACGGCACCCAGGGCCAGGCCCAGGCUCCAGAGAAGCAGCGCAGCGACACUGAGUCUGUGAAGAAGGCCAGCCUGAGUGGCUUCAAGACUGAGUCCCGCCAUGCCACCCCUGUCCUGGAGCGGAAGGAUGCUGAUGGGCCCACAACCAAGACCAGCACUGCUGGGGCCACAGUGUCCACCCUAACUGUCCCUGUGCCAUCCACAGAGGGCCCGAUCUCCAAAGAUGAACCGGAAUCACGUGUUGGGAGCCGGAGUGGAGGGUCUGCUGACGACUCUGACACCUUGUUCAAGAAGAAUCCCAGGAAAACAUUAAGCUCCACUGCUUUUUCAGAUAAACCCAGUAGGCCCAAGUCUGUGCUGGAUUUGCGUCAGAAUGCACCAGCAACUGAAGAUGGUUCUAUGGGAGACAGGAGCAAGUCGGUGCCAGGGCUCAAUGCAGAGCAGGAGGAAGAGGAUGAAGAUAUAGAUGAUCUUGUGCAAUUCCACAGGAAGUCAGAGGUUCGUCACAGUCUUCGGAGCAGAGGGUCUUCGAGCACAAUGGGCAGCAUGAUGAGUAUCUACAGUGAGGCUGGGGAUUACAGCAAUGUGGAAGUUACCGGGGAAAUUGUAUUUUCACUGCGCUACGAUCAAAUUGCCCAGGUCCUCUCUAUCUUCAUCAAGGAGUGCCACAACCUUGCGUAUGGGGACGAAGCCAGGAAGCGCUCCCACCCGUAUGUCAAGUCAUACCUGCUCCCUGACAAAUCACGGCAGGGCAAGAAGAAAACAGCGGUCAAGCGCUCCAAUACUAACUCAGUCUACAAUGAAACCCUGAAGUACAAUAUCACUCAGGCCCAGCUGGCAAUGCGGACCCUGCAGCUGUCUGUGUGGCACCAGGACCGCUUCGGACACAACGCCUUCCUGGGAGAGGUGGAGCUGCCUCUGGACUCCUGGAACUUCGAGGCCACCGCAGAGGAGUGCCUGCCCCUCCACUCAAAGGCUUCUUCACAGUAUGCUGCCUAUUCUGACUAUAAAGGAGAGCUGGUGAUUUCCCUCAGAUACGUUCCUGCCAGCAAACCUGUCUCGGACAAGCCUCGAAUAAUGAAGAAGGAGGAAGGAGGAGAGCUGCAAGUUUGGGUCAAAGAGGCCAAGAAUCUAACCGCCAUGAAAGCAGGAGGCACUUCAGAUACGUUUGUAAAAGGGUAUUUGUUGCCAGUGAAGACCAAAGUGACUAAGAGGAAGACCCCGGUGAUAAAGAAGACUCUGAACCCUCACUACAAUCAUACCUUCGUCUACAAAGGCAUGAGUCCCGAGGAUCUGAAGGAUGUCUGCCUGGAGCUGACCGUGUGGGACCGGGAGGCGCUGUCCAGCAAUGACUUCCUGGGAGGGGUCAGACUGGGCAUGGGUACCGGCACACACAAAGGAGAGAAGGUCGACUGGAUGGACUCCACAGGCGAGGAGGUCGGUCUGUGGGAGAAGAUGAUGCAGUAUCACGGCUCUUGGGCAGAGGGCUCUUUACUGCUCUACUCCACAAUGGGCAACAUCAAAUGAACAGACACCGUCGCUACGGCAACAUGAAGGAGAGGUGGAAGGCAUCUGUGGAGUAGACCCGAUAUUCUGUGUGUGAAAUUCCAUUUUAUAUUUUAGUAAUAUCAUUCCAGUAAUAUUCUUUAAGGGUUUGAUAAGAACAUACAUUGUUGCGUUUUGUCUUUGUCUAUCACCGCAGAACUCUUCCAUGUAUUAGGGAUGGGGUUUAGUUUUAGUUUAACACAUUUUCUAGGUGAAUCCAUAUUAAUCAAUGUCACAAUAGUCUAGGCGAAUGAUGCUAUAUCAGUACAGUGCAAAGAAGGUUUGUUAUACUGUUGAUAGGAUUGUAUGUGACCUAUUCCUUUGUGCAUAUAUAUGGGUCAAUACAUUUGCUUUUUCUUAAAACAUUCACACAAUGACAAAAGCAAUGUACUGCAUCUAUUGAAGCUCAGAAAGGAAUAUGGGAAGUGAAUUUUUAAAAAAAGGGGUUUUCUAUUUUUAAUAUAAUCAAAAUGUAUGAAAUAUAUAUAAAUAUAUUCCAAUGUUAUUAAAGAUGGGCUCUGUUGUCUCUCUGUGUUUCUCGAAGGGCUUCAAGUAGCAUUAGCAUAACCAAGACAGAAGUGUUAAAGGGACUAGGAGCUCUUAAAAUAAACAAAUCCCCUGGGCCGG